AUGGACAAAUAUUUUGAAAGCAAAAGAAUAUUGGUUACGGGGGGUUGUUCAGGAAUUGGAAGAGGAGUUGUAUUAGAACUAUGGAGACUUGGCGCCAAUGUAGUUGCGCUGUCUCAUCAGGCCAAGAAUCUUGAAAAACUGAGAAGCGAGUAUCCGUCGAUAGAAAUUGCUUGCGUUGAUGUUCGUGACUGGGAUAAAACUCGCGGAGUUGUCGAUUCAUUGGGAGUUUUUCACGGACUAGUUAAUUGCGCGGGAGUAGGGCUUAUGGAACCAUUUUUAGAAUGUAAGCCGACAACUUUCGACGAAUCUAUAACAAUUAAUACAAAAGCAAUUCUCAACAUAACACAAGUUGUUGCUAAAAAAAUGAUUAAUAAUAACAUAAAAGGCUCUAUCGUAAAUAUAUCUUCACAGGCUUCUAAGGCAGGAUUAAAGGAUCACGUUGCAUAUUGCGCUUCGAAAGGCGCCGUAGACGCAAUGACUCGAGUGAUGGCUAUAGAACUUGGACCAUACGGUAUACGUGCCAACACAGUGAACCCUACAGUCGUUUUGACCGAUUUAGGUCGUGAGGUGUGGGCCGAUCCCAAUAAAGCGCAAGAGAUGAAAUCGAAAAUUCCGCUUGGCAGGUUUUGUGAGGUACAAGAAGUUGUUGACGUAAUAAUAUUCCUGCUGAGUGACAAAGCAAGCAUGAUAAAUGGAGUCCAAAUGCCAAUUGACGGAGGAUUUCUUGCAACAUAA